UUCCGCUGUUCCGGCCAGCAGCUGCGACUGUCAGCUGUUCAAUAUGGAACGAUAGCAAAGUGCAGUCACUUGUAGGAGUCGGCCGUUGUCAGACGCACGUAAGCCAGGAGUCAAGCCCAGCGUCCGAGCCCCAGCCAGGCCAGCGAAUUAGCGGGGGAGCCGUGUCCCUCUCUCGUUAGCAGCGGCGCCCAGGAACGCGGGACGGACGGGGGUGGACGGUGCGCGACAGCGAGGGGGAGAAGAGGUAGAGCGAGGUGCGCGAGGUACCCGCGCUGCGCGAGAGAGUCCUCCGCUCCGCGGGCGAGAGACAGCUUUUUCGGGAGCGCGUUUCCCUGCGCGCGAGCGCGCGCCCGCGAGCACAGAGACGCGCGCGCGUGCCGCCGUGAUUUAUGCGACAGAUCCCGCGCGUGAUCAACCUGGAUGUAUUAACGCAAGGGCUAAGGUACAGCAUAUCAGGACUCAUGAACCUCGCGGCCAACCAGACGUCCGACACGACGUCCGACGCGCAGAGCAACGGUCCCUACUUCGUCAACUUCAAUCAGGACUGCACGUCCUUGGCGGUGGGCUCGAAGUCGGGUUACAAACUUUAUUCUAUCAGCUCCACCGGACACCUCGAGAAAAUAUACGAAAAUGAUGAUACAGACUUUGAGGACAUAUGCAUCGUCGAGCGAUUGUUCAGCAGCAGUUUGGUGGCCAUCGUUAGUCUAAAGUCCCCUCGUACGCUUACAGUGUGCCACUUCAGAAAAGGAACGGAAAUAUGUAAUUACAGUUACUCAAAUACAAUUUUGGCUGUGAAACUCAACAGAGCGAGAUUGGUGGUAUGUCUGGAAGAAUCGCUAUACAUACAUAACAUACGAGAUAUGAGAGUGUUGCAUACAAUUCGCGACACCCCUCCUAAUCUCACAGGUCUUUGUACACUUUCGCCAAAUAGCGAUAAUUGUUACGUAGCUUACCCGGGAUCGAACACGAUUGGGGAAGUCCAGAUAUUUGACGCGAACCAUCUUCAAGCCAAAACAAUGAUACCUGCACACGACAGCCCAUUGGCAGCGAUCGCCUUCAGCUCGACUGGCACAAAAGUGGCGACAGCCUCUGAAAAGGGCACCGUGAUUAGAGUCUUUGACGUCCACGAGGGUACAAAGUUAUUCGAAUUUCGACGCGGAGUUAAGAGAUGCGUCACGAUAAACAGUCUGUCUUUCAGCAUGGACUCCAUGUGGCUCUGUUGUUCCAGUAACACGGAAACUGUGCAUAUAUUUAAACUGGAGGAACCAAAGGAAACGCCAAACAAACAACCUGCGGACGAGGCACAAAGCUGGAUGGGAUUUUUGACGAAGGCUGUGACAGCGUCGGCUACAUACUUGCCGUCGCAAGUGACUGACGUUUUUACUCAAGGACGCGCUUUCGCUAGCGUCCACCUACCGUUCCAAGGUUUAAAAAAUGUCUGUGCCAUCACUGUAACACAUAAAGUACCAAAACUGUUAGUAGCUAGCGCCGAUGGUUACUUAUACGUCUAUUCCGUGGAUCCGACAGAGAGUGGGUGUUGCACUCUUAUAAAACAGCACAGAUUAGACGAUAAAGAGCGGGAUGAAUCGGAUUGCGGCGGUUCGGGUUCAGGGGCAGCGGCUACAGCAAAUAAUACAAAUACAGCCUGCAUAAAUAGCUACGCGGGUGUGUUGCGUGGCCGCUCGCCAGACUCCAUGUCAGGUACUGAAUCAGAGAAGUAUCAAGAGAUGAUAGCGGCGACAGAAAGCCCACCGAAAGGCGGCGGGCCGUUUCGUCUGGACGAUGAUACCGAGUUCCCACCUGUCACGCAAAGGACAGACUGAGCGCAGCACACACACAAUUAAGGCAUAUCAAAAGCUCAAGCCGAACGGAAAUGAGAAGAGCCGUGCAAGAGCAACGAAGGCAAACGGGGCACAGAGUGCAUAGGGCGUCCAGUAUUUACAGACGGCCGUAUAUCCAGUACUCCGAGUUCAAUAGAACCAAAAACGAAAAAAAAAAAAGAUCUGUAGUCGGUAUCGCCGAGAUUGUCGCGUACGCGUUGGAGAUCUAAAGGAAAUGCGCACGCUAAUCCUUAGAGAGGUCGGUUUUUAUAUGAUAUAAUCCAUGCGUACAACGGAAAGAAACACUUGUGGGCAACACUCUCGGUCAUAUUACCGAGCUUGCGGAUUUUCUCAAGCAGAAUUUCUUUUAACGUUAGUUAAGUAGACAUUGCAUUUGCAAAAGGAAGGAAUACAAUAUCGCGCGGGGAAUAUAGUAAUCCAAUGAUAACGAUUUUGUGUGAAUCGUUUACCGCAGGAAUUGUGCAAUGCGAUAUCUCUUACGAACACAGAAUGUUAUAAAGGCAUGAAGUAUCGUACUUCUACAUUCUAAUAUUUCUGUGUUUUAUAUCAAGUACCUUAUACAGAAAACGUGCGUUUUUACUGUAGCCUAAGGUGUAGCCUCCAACAUUGGAAAUCACGGACCAGUGUAAUUAAAUCGUUUUAAUUUAACGAAUGCCAUAUUCUAAGCGAUUCAGAAAAGCGACUAUUAUUUGUUUGGAUUUUCACAUAUACGACAUAUAUUUUACAAAAAAAAAACAUUUUAGUUUUAAGAGCACAGAGAAGAAAUGAUAGGUUCGUGUGUGUUCGAUCUGCCUGGGAAAUUGGUGGAGUCAAGUAUGACCUGUUAGGAAACAAUGAAAUCAUUUUUAUAAAUAGGUGAUAAACGUGAAACCGAAAUUCUGAAAUUUCGUAUCCUCUGACUGAUGUAUUUUAAAUAAAUUCGCAUGUCAAGAAAUUAUGUCCAUUACAUGGUUACAUAAAUUAUACCUCAAAAUCGACAUGGAUAGAAUUGGAUUUAUGCCCCUUACCCCAUUGCGAAGACUAUACAAAACGGCCGACUGGAUUUUUGCUAUGUGCAAAGUACAUAAUUAAAUCUGCGACAUAGCUCACUUCUGUUACGUUGUACGUUUCAUUGGAUUGCUAUAUUUUUUUUAUGAUGAAAUCAGUCUUCUUUGUGUUCCACAAAGAAAGCUCAUCUUGGCGAGGUAAAGAUGUAAAGACAUAAACAUGUAUGACAAACUGUUGAACGAUGAGCUUCAGCUGUAAUUCUUGUAUAAAAUGUAAGAUCUUUUGAGACAUACGUUAGCUUCUUGUAGUACAAGAAUGUGAAACGUGAUUAGGUUGUAUAAUUUUGCCAAAAAUAUCAAUUUUAUUAUAUGAUACUUUGUUGGCAUUUAAAGUUUCAAAACUACUUCAGUUUUUACGUCCCAACUAUGAGACAAUGAAGAAACGACAAAUGGUGACAGAAACAAGAUGUAAGAUAUUUAAAAACGCGGAGGAAAAAAAAGGGAUUCAUUCCAACGUUCUUAAAAUCUGAAAUCAUUCUAUACACAUUAUCUCGUAUCGACAGAAUAAUUUUCAAAACUACGCGUACUGAAUUCUAAUUCAAUGAGAGUUUUCUAUUUGUUAUUAUAUAUCGGACCUCGUACUGUAUAUCUUAAAGCUUUAUAUCAGACAGAUUAUCAUGUAUAAUAUGUAAUCGAAUGUGCAAUAAGUCUCUUUGAGCGCUUUGUCGAAUCGAUUAUCGAAUGUUGUCAUGACACGUAAUUUGUAUAAAUAGCUAAUUAACAGUAGGAACAGAGAAUCUUCGAUACGAUUUACGUUUUCGUUUAGUAUCGAUUUCGUUAGCAGUCGUGCUUGAGUGCGAAUAAAAUCUCUCCAUUGAUCGGUGCCAAUUUAUCGGGAUAGAAAGACGACACUGGCGCUGGCGAAGAUAUUUCAUUGUUGUAUAAUUAAGUGAGGCACAGCUACGUUUCCUUUUUCAUUGAUUCUUCGUAGCGUAUUGUGUAAUUUAAUGGAUCUUAUAAUGUAUUUCGGAUUACAAUAGGAAGUUUCGUGUGAACCGAAGUAUUCGGCGCGAUCGCGAACAUGUCAGUAUCGUAGAUCCAUAAAUGUGUCAUGUCGUUACGGCGGUUUUAUACUAACGAGUUUUAUUUGGUAAAUAGUCUUACUUUUAUAAAGAUAAAUAAAAGCGUUAAAAUAACCAAUGUACAUACGAACGUGCUAAGGCUUAAGCUUUGAACGUCAUUGCGUAUGAAGUUUCUUAUUAACACACGUGAUUGUGCUGGUCUGCAAAUGAAAAAAAUGAAUAAAAAAAAAGACACUGCGAGUCUUUCCUUAUCUACAUCUAUUAGUUCGACGUCCCCAUUUUUAUUUGUAUUUAAUAAAACUGCUGACAAUUUUUUAUAAA